CAAAACACAAUCUGUGGCUAUGAAAAAAACCAAGAAGACUUCACAUGCAUGCUUUUGGUUUCCUGAGCAGUCUUGUGACAAAAGCCCCAGCCGAUCACUGACUGGAACAGAUAGAAUAAAGAAGUGAACGCAGAAUGAAAGACGCUCACAGUCUGACCGCAGCCUGUGCAGACAUGAACUGAAAGAGAGCUCGGCUGGCUAAACCGCAGUUACAGAUGUGACACGUGAUAAACUGGCUGAGUCACAGUGAGUGUGGAGCGAUGGGUAAAGGUCGUGCAGAGGUCAUCCUCUUCAUUCUUCUGAUUCACUGUGCGUCAAUUUGCUGGGCCUUCCUGCCUAACUUCUGGUCUCGAGUGCUGACCCUAUCUUGGGACUCAUACACACACCAGUACAUGACCGAGCAGGCCCUGGUCAAUGUUACUAUGGAGACACUGAGUAGGAUGGAUGGAUUCCAGCAGGACACCACCAGUCAGGCAGGCUUGGGCAGGGCCUUCUGGCAGGCUGUGGGUGAGGUGGUCAGUGCCAACGCUGCCAUGGACUUCCUGAGCUCCACUCGAUCUGAUCCGGUGUACCACUUUGACUCAGAGAGAGUAGAAGAAGCCACGCAGAUGCUGCGGGACUUCUGGAAGCAGACCGUUUUGUUGAUCCAGAAGAAGGAGUACGAGGCAGCAAGACACAGCCUGGGACAGCUUUUUCACUCCUUACAGGACUUUUAUAGCCACAGUAACUGGGUGGAAAUGGGACAAUAUUCUGAGUACCUUCACCUGCUGCACCCCAAGGAGCCUGCAGUGCCUGUGGCACCAGAGGACACGCCUACCUGUGCUGGAUGCCACCGUUUCAGCUGUUAUAACAAUCUUCUGGAAGAGCUAGUCAGGGGUCCAUCACAGCCUCUACUGACCACUGGCUACUUCAGCGAUUACCCAGCCAAACCCAAAGGAAAGUGCAGUCAUGGUGGUGUUCUGGACAGCAGUCGUCACCAAGGAGCUGAGGGUGGCAUUAAUAAGGACAGCACCUCCCCACUCUUCUCCCCCCACCACUACCUCCAUAAAGAGGCCGCCCAGCUCGCAACCACGGCAACCCUCAGCGUCCUCCGAGACCUCCGAGACGAGGUGGGGCCCAAGAGUUUCCUCAGGCUCUUCAGUGUCCAGCAGCCGCCAGCGUUGGUGUUCGUCAUAGACACCACGGGCAGCAUGUUUGAGGAAAUCACAGCUGCACGCAUGCGUGUCCUGUCCAUCGUUCAGGCCCGGGCCAGUAUUCAAGCUCCUGGCCUGCCCGGCACAUUCCUUUUGGUCCCUUUCCACGACCCAAAUGUAGGUCCAGUGUUGGAGACUGAUGACCCUGAUGAGUUCCAGCGCUUCAUGGAGGAUUUAAUGGCUCUCGGUGGAGGAGAUGAACCAGAGAUGUGCCUCACUGCCAUUCAGCUGGCGCUCAUCCAUAGCCCACCGCUGUCGGAGAUUUUUGUUUUCACUGAUGCCUCUCCUAAAGACCGCUACCUCUACAACACUGUAAAGGCCCUCAUCUUAGAAAAGAAGAGCAAGGUGACCUUCCUGUUGACUGAAGAUCCGAGUCACGGAGUGAAAGAGAGCGACAAGAUAAGGAGGAAGAGGAGAGAGACGUUGUCUCCUGACAGGUUCUCUGUCUACUCUUCUCUGUCCUCUCUGUCUGGAGGGAUGACCAUUUUCACCACCAACAGAGACAUCCACAAAGCUUCAGCCAUUGUAGAAGACAGCACUGCUUCCAGCAAGGUCACUCUGUUUCAUGCAGAAAGUAAAGCCGAUUCAUCCCACUCUUUCACAGUUGACCGUGGAGUGAGCGCUGUUACGCUGCAUGUUGCAGGAAAACUCACGCAGUGUGUUCUCAGCAACCCUACAGGUGCUCAUCAGUCACUUUUCAGUGCAGCUGGUCCUCUGGCUGAAAUGGAUCAGUCUGAAGGUCUCUACAGAGUCGCUCUCCUGCCGCCCAUAGAGCCUGGCCAAUGGCAGCUCAAUGUUACAGCCCGUGGGCCAAUCACUUUCAAUGUCUUAGGUGAAAGCACAUUGGACUUUCUCUAUCACUUUGCAGUGGAGGUGAAUGAGACUCACCCAGGGCUGAGGAGAGUGGAGGGCAGUCCUGUCGCAGGUGUACCAACAUUUCUGGUGGUGUCUAUAACAGGCCUGUCCAGCAGUGAUGAAGCUACCUUCAGUCAUGUGACCUUGCUAGGGACCAAUGGGGAAAGCUUGCAGAAGGUUUUGCUGAAUUCCUCCAGCUGGUCCGGUGAGGAGCUGGUGGGCCGCAUGGACUCAGUUCCCAGAAUGCCUUACAGCAUGCGUCUCUCUGGCAAAGACAGGAAUGGGAACAAGCUCGAGAGAGUUUCUGCUGAGACAGUCCAGCCCACACAUGUACAGAUACUGGUGCUCUCAGCUCCUCACCUCCUCUCAGGUCAUCACUCCAUGGUUUUGAUUGAGGUGUUUAACCAUGGCCCUGUCCGUUCGUUCACACUGACUGCUGAAGAUGACCGUGGCUACCUCUCUGAUGUCAAACACCACAGGUUCUCUAUAGGAGAGAGAGGUUCAGUGAGGAGGGAGGUGGAGCUGAGGACUCCUCACUCUACCCAGGCAGGCCAAACAGUCACACUGACACUCACUGUCCAGGCACAGGACUCACCUGACUCAAACUAUGCUGUGGUCCAUCUGACAGUUUUGCCAGAGGAGCCUGACAUGUCCCCUCCCUCAUGCUCUGCGAUGCGUGUGGAGUCCACCUGCCCUCCUCAGUGCUCUCUGGGCAACUGGAGUGUCUCUCUGGCAGUCAAAGACCGUGGUCACUCUGGCCUGGCCUCUCUGCAACUUGCUGAAGGACAGGGCAUCCUCACACUGCUCCAUGAUGAGACCACAGGGAGAAAAGAGAACCCUGUCACGCAGCUCCAUGAGGAUGCCACAGAAGGACAUGCAAGCCCUCUCAUGCAGCUCCAAGAGGAGACCACAGAGCACCAGCACUACAGACACAGAACAAGACUGGGCCAUAGAGCUAACAGGCUGGAGAAAGCCAGGUUAGUGCAAGGCGAGCCUCCACUCAACAUCAGCGAGUGGGCGAGGCGGAAGCCCAUCACGGUGCAGUACACGUCAGGCUGCUGUGCCCCUCAGGCAGAGCUGCUAGUGUGGGACAGAGGCAAUAUGAGGCGCUGCCAUCUGAUCGCCAGCCAGCAGAGGGCGCUAAGAGAAAAAGAGAAGAAUACUGCUCCAAAUAGGACUGUUCAUACGCUUUUAACUCUUAUAAUGCUGAUUUUCUUGGGAGUUUGAAUUUUUAUUUUGCUUAAAAAGCACCAGAAUAAGUGAUGAUGGAAUAAACUGGAAAAAGAGAAAUGACUGGAACUGUCUGUAGAAAUGGUGUUUAAUAUUUGUGACAUUUGUAACUAGAAAAUAUCGGUAACACUUUCUAUGAAUGUCACCUUUGUAAGCAUC